AUGAAGGCAGCAUUCGCACCGGCCCCAGCCGAUAAGCAGGCCCACCACGACCCUUACUACAACCACCCCAACACACAGCCACAUCAUCCCCACGGGUCAUCUUCAUCUUCAUCCCACUCCCAUCCUCAUAUCCAACACAGCCGCCCUUCCCCUCCUUCACACCAGCACCACCACGAGGCUUCUUCCCCUCGCCACCAGCACCAACAUUACUCUUCAUCAUCCCCAUACUCCUCCCAUAACGACCAGCACCGUCACCGCCACCAGGAGCAGGACCAGCAGCAACAUGCUCAUCAUACCCAAGAGUAUCGCCCACAACAAGAGUACCCUCCUCGGCCACGGAGUCCUUUCCAUGCUCCUCCCUCUUCCAACAACUACUACAGCAACGGCAACAACAACGAAGAGCAGCGAUCAUACCAGCAGCACUACCAGUCUCACUAUGCAUCCAACUCCUCCCCACAACAGCCUGUUGUUCGCCACACCGAGGGUUACGAGGGCAGGGUUCGCAACACCAACAGAGACCACAACGACCAUUUGUUGACUAGCGAACACCAUCACAACAUCCACGACCAGCAGCAGCACCACGACCAGUACCGCCGCGAUCCCUAUGGCUUCCUCAAGCACCCCUCCUCUCAAUAUCCUUCGUCCCACCCCUCCAGCCGGACAGCGGCCAAUUCUGAGGAUGAUGUGAACAAGUUCCACUUGCCUCCCAUCCUGGCCCCCGAGGAGCCUUUCUACCGCAAAGAUUUGCCCUAUCGCCACAUGCGCUACUUCCGGAAUGUCACCAGCAAAGACCGUGAGGACAAGCAAGGCUACUAUUCCUCUGCCCGCCAUGUCAUGCCCAGCAAUACCACUGGCAACUUUGGUCAUGGUCCCCCCAUCGGCGUAGCCCUCGAUCGCUUCGCUGCCAAGCAGGCCCAGCAGCACCAGCAGCACCAGCAGCAACAGCAGCAGCAACAGCAGCAGCAUCAGCAGCAACAGCACCAAGAGAGCCAGAGUGUCCGUCUCCCUCCUUUGUAUACAGCUUUGCCCGACCAGCGCCCUUCCGGUCCUUCCAAGGUCUCGCCCUCCUAUGGCCACUCGGAUUCGAGUCCAAGUGACCAAUCGAGCCCAACGCACUCUCCCAUGCAACACCGUCCCUCAUAUGGCGGUUCGCCUGUCCAGUCUCCCAUUGAGAAGCCAAUGUCCUAUGGUCGUCAGCACCAGGGCCAUCCUUACCAUCAGCAGCAGCAGCAAGGCCAGAUGCUCAAGCCCAAGGCCAUCCAGCCUCGUUCGAUUGCCCCUGCUCCUAUCAGCCCUACUUCGCCUGGCAUGCAGCAGUCAGAGGUCUCCCCUCGUGCUGCCUCCAAGAGGGCCGAUCGUCAGUCCUAUGUCAAGAUCGAGCCUAAGGAUUUACCUCUCCAGUACCACCAACAGCAGCAUCAGCAGCAGCAGCACCCUUACCAAAGCCAGCACCGCCAGUCAAUUUCUGGUCCCCAGGUCGUUGCCAAGCGCAAGUGGAGCCGCGAGCACUCGCCUGUUCGCCAGGGCCCUCGUCUGAACACUGAGACCGUUGCUCCCUCCAACGAGCUUGCUGCUCCCGCCGAUCGUGUCGACGAUGCCUCCUCGGCCGAGCUCCACCUCUUGUCUAGCCGCAAGCAGUCCCGCUCUGUUGCCCCCAUCUCUUCCGCUACUAAGGAUACAUCCAAGAAGAGCGCACAAAAGAUGAAGAUGCAGCGUUACCAGAUGACCACCAUCCGCUGCUGGCACGGUGCCAUUGCCCAGAAGUCCUAUGGUAUUGAGAAGCGCUACCUCUGCCCUCCUCCCAUGGUCCAGGUCUCUGCCGGCGUCAACGCCAAGCAGGUCCGCUCUGAGCAGCCCCAUGUCACCAUGUCGGUUAUCCACGAGAAGGUCGAUAUCCGUGGUCACCACGGCGAGAACUUGAUGGAGCAGGAUUGCACCCUCGAUGAUGCCCUUCGUUGCUCAUUCCGCAACUUGCACGUCACCGGCACUGGCUCGGACAGCUCCAAGCGGUUCAAGUUGGGUCUCCAGGUCUUCUUGAACAAGAACGCCAGCAUGCCCACCGCCAUCAUGGAUUCGAACCCCAUCCCCAUCAUCUCCAAGCCCUCGAAGAAGACUGCCAAGGCCGGUAACGCCUCCUGCUUCAUCCUCAACGGCAUGAGCGUCUCGCUCCUCAACCGCAUUAACGCCCAGACUGUCCGCACAAAGUACAUGGCUGUCGACAACAACGCCGUCUGUGCUAAGAUUGGAUCCUGGUCAUCCUUCACCAUCAAGAUGGUCAAGCCCCCUCCAGCUCCCCCAGUCAAGUUGGUCCCUGCCAGCAUGGGUGUCUUCCGCUCCCCCGGCCACUCGACCAAGUUUGUCCCCAUCCGCAUGAAGGGUGAGAACCCUAUGGGUCCUGCUCUGGCCCCUCAGGCCGUCCCCAUGGUCCGUACCAACUCGAACGGUGGUAGUGGUCGUGCCGAUGUCGGCGGUGUCUCUCCCAACGGAUCUGCCCCUUCGUCUUCGUUCCAGUUCCGCCACCAGCAGCAGUUGCAGCAUGAGCCCGUCUAUGUCUUCUCCAACUCGGAGCCCGUCCUCUAUGGAUCCGAGAUUGUCCUGAUCAACGACUUGACCGGCAUCAUGACCGACCGUCUGAUCAUCCGCAAGGUUGAAAACGGCAAGGUCUCGCGCUCGGGUACCGGCCCCGUCAGCCAGAUGCAAAAGAUUGUCCUUGAGCACCCUGACCGUGUCCACCCCGAGGAUGGUCGCUCCUACUACUUGAGUGCCUCGUCGAUCGGCAGCCCCAAGAUCGAGGGCAAGAUCCCCCUCCAGGCUGCCAUGGAUCGUAGCCCCCUUCUCGAGUACCGUACCUCGUCCAAGAAGGCGUCGAUCAUGGACAUGACUGAUGCCCAGGAUGACGAGGAGGAGGAGAUGAUGGAGGAAGAUGACUACAACGGCCAGAGCAACAGCAUGCCUCGCCGCAUGGGCAAGAGCCAAGACAGCGUCGCCGUCGAUGACUUUGUUUGCUGGACUAUUGCAGGCAUUGCCAAGUUCGAUUACACCUACUUCGGCCCCAUCCCUGCCUCAGUCGAUUCGGACGUGGACCCCACCAAGGUGCCCUCGAUCCAGAGCUGCCCCCAGUACAAUGCCAACACCAACACGAUGACCAUGCAGGUCAAGAACGUCUUUGAGAAGCUCACCCCCACCGAGGAGGCCCGUCUCCUCAAGCACCAGGACGACCCCUAUGAGCGCAAGCUGACCCUUUCCGAGUACGUCUACAAGCGUUGUGAGGAUAUUCGUCAGCCCAUGAGGGAUGAGGAGGGCCCGAUCCAGCUUUGGUUGGCUCAGCAUGGUCCCAUCCGCAUGCGCCGUCGUCAGUUGGAGGAGAUCUUACCCGAGGGUGUCUCGGCCGCUGAUAUGGCUGUUGAUGGUGAGGAGAGCUCGGACGAUGAGAGCGAGGAUGAUGAUGAGGAGGGUGACAAGGCCGAGGAUAACAAGAAGUCCAACAACAAGGCUCCUGAGGAUCCUCUUCCUAAGAUUGCAUCCAAGUCUUCCUCUGCCGCCGCCUCAGCUGGCUCUACUACCUCGAGCGUCGCUGCUGCCGCCGCAUUGGCCAACGCCCAGGACGCCGCCGCUGCCGCCGCCCUCGCCUACGCCGCCAAGCACCAGACCCAGUUGAACAUCAUGAACGGUCGUCACUACGGUGGAAGCCAUCUCCCCGCAUCCAUGAACCCCGCCCUCCAGAACCAGAAGCGCCGCAAGCUGGUCAAGAAGUUGAUGGGUCUCGAAGCCGAGCUCCCCUACGGUUGCGAGGUCCGCACUGCCCAUGACGCCCAGGGCCAUGCGCGUGCCGAGCUCGACAUCUUGAUGGUUGAGCGUGCCUCCGGUAUCGCCUACCGGACAGGCUACAAGGUCGUUUACUCGCGUGAGCGCGAAAGAGCCGAUUGGGUCGUCGAGGUCCUCGGUUAA